UCCUCCUUCAGCCACCCGCACCCACACUCUUAUUUCUUCUUCUGGGAAAAUAGAAAAGGGAAUAAUUAAUUAUAAGGAAGAGGUAAGAAACAAAAAAAAAUGGGGUUUAUGUAUCAUAUAUCAGAAAUAUGUGAAGUUUCAAGUAAAAGAAAGAGUAAAAAACACAAAACCAUGCAGACAGUUGAAAUAAAGGUAAAAAUGGACUGCGAUGGCUGUGAAAGGAAAGUCAGAAAUGCGGUUUCCUCCAUUAAAGGCGUGAAAUCAGUGGAAAUAAACAGAAAAGAUAGCAGGGUGACAGUGACUGGUUAUGUAGAAAAAAGCAAGGUAUUAAAGAAAGUACAGAAAACUGGAAAGAAAGCUGAAAUCUGGCCAUAUAUUAAAUAUAAUUUAGUAUCAAAUCCUUAUGCUGUUGGAGUAUAUGAUAAGAAGGCACCUUCUGGUUAUGUCAAGAUUGAUCCUCAAGCUCUUCAAAUUCCAAAUACCCCUUCUGAGAUAUUCACUUCUAUGUUUAGUGAUGAAAACCCUAAUGCUUGUUCAAUUAUGUAAAUUUGUCUUGGAAAAUUAGUACAAUAUAGUAAAAAAGAAGGGAUUCUUACACAAAUA